AUGCCGUUCAUUCUCUCAAGUGAAGCCAGCCAAUGCUGCUAUUGCAGCCGCGAAGGCUUCGAAUAUCUUUGCAAUAUCUGCGCGGGCAACCUCGUAGAUUACACUGCUCCAGUCGCCACAACCGCCAAUAUGGACAUACCUAGUCCAAGAGCAGCACAUGAUAUGGAGAAAAUGGCAUCGCAGCCGUCAAAACGUGUCGAGUCCUUCUCCGAAAAUGAGAAGAAAAAAGAGAAGCAUAUCUCCCGGCUUUUGCGACCAGCUCAGACACUCGAGCCAACCCUCCCGCGACGUAGAUCGCUCUUCAGAUCUUUCCGCGACCGAAUAUUCGAAGAGAAACCGAGGGACAAUUGCAUGGAGGCCAACAAGGAAGAGACAAAUGAUAUUGGCCGACUAUUGGAAACUGUGUUGGAAGAUUCGCUUUCUGCAGAGACUGAAACCACCAGAAUGGAUAUCAAACAAAGAUCUCGAACCUCUACGAAUCAAUCAGCUACACGGCGCCUGGGAAAGAAGAGCAAGAGCACCGACUUGCGACACUCCUUCUCGAUAGACUCGGAUUUACAGGACCAAACGCGAACAGCAGUGGCUGUAGAGGUCAACCGCAUCGAGGCCAGACAGAUCGUCUGCAAAACGUAUUCAAAGAAAUCCGUUCCAACUAAAAGCCAUUCGAUCAAAAGAAAGCCGAUACCAGCAAGAACAUCAAGUCUCAAUGCCACGAAAGCCUUGAAUGGGCAAGUUGCCGGAGAUCAAAGCACAAAAGUAUUGAUCGAAGACGCGGGGCAUGACUUUGAAGCUUUCGGCGUUCAUGGGAACCACAGGAAUAGUCGAACUCUAUCAUUAGAAGAGUCUUUUACGUCGAAGGGGAAGGGGGCUGCCACCAAGACCACAUCGAGCAUCGAACCUUGUCAGUUCUGCGGAUCCGGAGUCUGCAAAGAGUGUCCGCCAAUACAAAGAGUCGUACAUCUAGAUAUGACCAUGUCUAAGACAUUCUGCGAAGAUUUUCGACAAUGUAACACUUUUUGCAAACACCAACUCUGUGCGGAUAUUAUAGACACAGCGAUUAUCAAAUGUGGCAGCUGCGGGCAUCGCGCCUGUGACAAUUGCAAGGAGAUUGUGACACACCGGGUACAAUUUCACCCAAACACAAAGGUCGGAAACCCUGGGAAGAUAUUGCAAAUCCAAAAGAAGCCGGAAACAUUCUGCAUUUGUUGCAUGUGCGAAGCCCAGAAGAAGGAUUACCAUCAAGUUCAGCUGAAAUUGAUUAACAACCGAGUAAGAUUUACAGUUUGA